ACUUUUUUUUGUUUAUCGAAUAACAAAAAUAUAUUUUCGGUGACCAAAUCCCAGAAUGCAUUUCGGCCCACCGAGCCAGUGUUGAGCACGUCUAAAACCAGCUUCUGCAUUCAACAACAAGAAACUCCUGUCUUCAUUCAAGAUGGACACUGCUGAGGGGUCCAAGCUGUGGGGGGGUCGUUUUGUGGGCGACACCGACCCCGUGAUGGAGCGCUUCAACGCGUCCAUCGCUUACGACCAGAGGAUGUGGGACGCCGACGUGAGAGGCAGCCAAGCCUACGUGAAGGCUCUGGAAAAGGCCAAGCUGGUCACCGCAGACGAAAAGACGCAGAUUCUACAGGGACUGGACCAGAUCUCGGAGGAGUGGACCAAAGGUGUGUUUGUGAUCAAAGCCGACGACGAAGACAUACACACUGCUAAUGAGCGCAGACUCAAGGAGCUGAUAGGUGCCGCUGCGGGGAAGCUGCACACAGGAAGGAGCAGGAAUGACCAGGUGGUGACCGACAUGCGCCUGUGGCUGCGCGACGCCAUCGCCACCCUGACGGACAGCGCUCUGCAGCUCAUCUCCACCAUGGUGGAGCGCGCCGCCGCGGAGAUGGACGUGCUGUUUCCUGGUUACACCCACAUGCAGAGAGCCCAGCCAAUCAGAUGGAGCCACUGGAUCCUGAGCCACGCUGUGGCAGUGAGGCGGGAUGUGGAGCGUCUGCAGGAGAUCAAGAGGAGGGUCAACGUUUUGCCUUUGGGCAGUGGCGCCAUUGCCGGAACGCCAUUUGCCAUCGACCGGGAGCUGCUCAGGAGAGAGUUGGCUUUUGACGACAUCAGCUUGAACAGCAUGGACGCCACCGCACAACGAGAUUUUGUCGUGGAGUUCUUGUUCUGGGCCUCGCUGUGUUUGACUCACCUGAGUAAGAUGGCUGAGGACCUUCUGCUCUACAGCACCAAAGAGUUCUCAUUUGUCACGCUCUCUGACGCCUACAGCACAGGCAGCAGUUUGAUGCCCCAGAAGAAGAACGCUGACAGUCUGGAGCUGAUCAGGAGCAAAGCAGGUCGAGUCUUUGGCAGAUGUGCCGGCUUCAUGAUGACACUGAAGGGCCUGCCCAGCUCGUACAACAAGGACCUGCAGGAGGACAAGGAGGCCAUGUUUGACUGCUACGACUCUGUCCACGCCGUGCUGCAGGUCACCACCGGCGUCCUCUCCACCCUAAAGAUCAACGCCAGCGUGAUGGCGGCGGCGCUGAGUCCCGACAUGUUGGCGACUGACCUGGCCUACUACCUGGUCAGGAAGGGGGUGGCGUUCAGGGACGCUCACGCCCUGUCAGGUAAAGUUGUCUUCGCAGCGGAGUCGAAAAACGUUGCCUUGACCCAGCUCUCCUUGGACGACCUGUCGGCUAUCAGCCCGCUGUUUGAGAGCGACGUGGCGUCCGUGUGGGACUACGGCGGCAGCGUUGAGCAGUACGCCGCCACAGGUGGCACGGCCAGGAGCAGCGUCAGUGCACAGGUACAACACCUGCGCACCUGGCUCACGCAACAGAAGAAACACUCGUAGAAACACUCACACCUUGAAUCAGCGUUACUGACUGCUAAUAAAAUCAUGUUUCUGUUAAAACCUUCAUG